AUGUUAGAAGAAAUAUCAGACCAACUUGAAAAAACUUUUAUGAAUGAGGAAAUUAACGUUAAAAAUGGUAUUCUGAAGAAAUUAGAUGCUGAUGAUCGGAUUAUAUUAAAUGUUGGUGGCGUUAAGUAUGAAACAUUUCGGUCGACCUUAACAGCAUAUCCAGAGACACUUCUUGGGAUUAUGUUCGCAGAUCGAAAUAAAGAAAUGCUUCAUCCGAUAAAUGGCAACGAAUUUUUCUUUGAUAGAGAUGGCUAUUUAUUUCGUCACAUUCUUCAAUAUUAUCGCACCGGAAUGAUUCAUUGGCCAGAACCAAUUGCUUAUCAUGAUGAUUCCACUAAUCACACACGUCUUGAAUUAAAAAAGUCAAACAAAUCAUUUGAAAGAUCGGAAAUAAAAGAUGAUAAUACUAUUCCAUCAUACAUAGCUGUGGUUGACAAUGUUAAUGGAUUUCUAAAUUCACUUAUUGAUGUAAUGCACCAAUUGGCUGGUCUAUUUGAAAAGCAUAUCUUUAUCACUUUUUAUCAUGAUAGACAGCCACCGAUAUUUAGUCUAAUAACUCCCAACUUAAAUGUUGUUAAAAAUGAAACUGCGCCGUUUCGGGAGAAUAUUAGAAAAUUAUUGUUACCCUAUGCUGGAGUCGGAUAUACUUUACUAAUGAAUUUCGAACGAGAGAUUGAAUUGUAUUUGAAAGGAGAAAUACCAGAGUUAAAUUGGUCAAUUGAAAAGCCUGCUGGAUUACCUAAUAGAUUUAUCUUGCAUUUGAGUUUUAACGACAAAUUUUUAAAACAACAAAUAUUAAAGAAUAGCUAUUUGGCUAAAGUUGUUUAUAAUACAAACGGCUCUUCAAAUAAUGAUAAAUCAAGGGGACAUACGACUAAUAUUAAUGGUUGA